AUGUUGAAUCAAGACAGAAUAUUUUUUGAAUGGUGGAUUUCCGGGGAGUAAAUCCCUUUGCAAAACGUUCCUGAAAUAGAUAAGUUUGCAAUUCUCUGCAGUGAGUGCCUUCCUGGUUUAUUGAUAUCGGAGUGAGACAAAAGCGCAGCUUGGUCCCAGCUGUAGUUCCUACCAGUUCCUUACUUAAAAAUAUCUCUAGCUUGACACCGGUCCCAACAAUAAAAGAUCAGCAGCACCACCGGCAACAACAGCAGCAAAUAAGACCUCCCAGAUGACAAACCAUCAUCCGACCGCUCGACAAACAAUUGCCUCGUCCAGGAAUCGACCUCAACCCAAUGAUCCGACAAACAACCACAACCAGUGUAAACAGCCCAAGACAAUCAGGGUCAUACGCAGAUGGCCAACAACAGAAGCAGCAGACUCCGCAGCAGCAUACACAGCAACAACACCUUCACAAACAGCAGCAACAGCACACGAUACAGUUCCAGACAGCGGGACCAACGCAAGUAGAAGGAACCACUACUCGGCCGGUGCAGCAGUCGCAGUACGAUCGCACGGACCAGCAGACACGGAUCCAGCCAGCGAACACAAAUCGCCUCACAGCAGCAACAAAGCACCACGGUCACCACUCAGCAGCAGAGCGUGACGGCAAUGGAUGAACAGAAAA